AUGGACGACAGAGGGACGACUCGAGUCCCCCAACUCCGACUCCGACCUCUGGCUGCUGCUGCUGCUGCUGCUGCUGAUGUCGCUGCUGGGGCUUGUGGGCGGGCGGGGCGGGGCAGUGGCUCGCAUGCUGCCUCCCACGUCGGGGGCUGCGUCGCUCAUAAAGACUCCAGCUCCCCCAAGGGCCCCCCCCAGGCAGGGAAUCUACCGUGUCCGCCUAGCGUGAUUGCCCUGGCCACGGGCCUGGUACUAUCCAAUACCGUGGAGGUCUACGCCACUACAGCCAUCCAGGUGACGGUCAGACAGCGAGGCACGUCGCAGCCAGAGGCGCGGGUGGCCAGUAGCGAUGUCCCGUUAUCCGCCGUGAUCACGCAUGGACGCUCCUACGGCAGGUCAACUCUGCACUCGUCGUCGUGCACGGCAGCCGUUGUCGGAGACCAGGAGGAAGAGUCGCGUCGAGGUCUUACGAGUAUUGCAAGCAUUAGCGAGUACGACGCUAUCGUUACCCUGUAA